AGAGGUUGCAUCGCGCUGUUUGUCUCGCCGAAGCUGCAAAAUUAAAAAAAAAAAAAAAAAAAAAAAAAAGCAAAAAUGGCGUUGAGAGCUGCUUUGAGGAAUAGGUUUGCUUUAUCAGGCUUUGUUUCCCAGUUGUCCUCCUGCAGCAGUCAUGGCAGAGUGUGUUCGUCUUCUGUGCUUGCUACACAGGAGAGGAGUAACUCCACAUCGUCUAAAAUGUCUGUGGAUUUUGACCAGAGUACAGGCGUGGCCGUGAUGCGCAUGAAGAGCCUGCCAGUCAACAGCCUCAGUUUGGACUUCCUCACAGAGUUUUGCAUCAACGUGGAGAAGCUCGAGAUGGACAAGAGCUGCCGAGGCCUCAUCAUCACCUCUACUCUGCCCAAGGUGUUUUCAGCAGGACUGGACAUCUUGGAGAUGUAUGGCAAAAGUCCAGAACGCUGCGGGGAGUUCUGGAAAGCUGUUCAGGAGAUGUGGCUGAAAGUCUAUAGCUCCAACAUGGUCACCAUAGCUGCCAUUAAUGGCUCCAGUCCUGCAGGUGGCUGUCUAAUGUCAUUGACAUGUGACCAUAGAAUAAUGGUGGACAACCCACGGUACAGCAUCGGCCUUAACGAGACUCAGCUCGGCAUAGUUGCACCUUUUUGGUUUAAGGACACCAUGGUGAAUACAGUAGGCCACCGGACCACCGAGAUGGCCCUGGGUCUGGGGUUGCUCUACAGUCCUACAGAAGCUCUGAAGAUAGGGCUGGUGGAUCAGAUAGUGCCAGAAGAUAAGCUCAUGACCGUGUCGGAGGAGAUAAUGGCAAAGUGGUUGGCCAUUCCAGACCAUGCCAGACAGAUCACAAAGUCUAUGAUGAGGAAGCCCACCAUCGACAAGCUGAUGUCAAAAAGAGAAGCUGACAUCCAAAACUUUGUGAGUUUCAUCACCAAAGACUCCAUCCAAAAGUCACUACAUAUGUACCUUGAGAUGCUCAAGAAGAGGAAGGCCUAAUGAGACCACGUAGUACCUGAAGGCAUGUGAUCCCACAAGUCAUUCAACGGUGACUGGACCAUCUGAACAUUUUAGCGCUGUCUGAUCCUGUGACGUCAGUGUCCAGUACUGCUACUUCAGGUUCAACACUGACUUUCCAGUGUCAUCAAAAGAAUUGAAUCACUUUGGUUUGGUAGACAUAUCAGUAUAUUCAAGACCAAUUCACAUCCAUGCAAUAUGAUAUCCUUAAUUAAUCCAACUUUCUUAAUGUUUAUGUGGCCCCAUCAUAAAUCUAGCUCACCUCACACGUAGGGAGAUGGUGUUCUCGUCAGAACCACCUCAGAGCCUCGUUAUUGAAGUGCCUGACCUAAAUGAUAACUCUGACCUUGGUGCAUUUAAUCUUUUUUUUUUCUCCUGUUUUCAGUUUUAUCUGACUUGUUCUUGGAAUGUAGUUUCUGAAUAAAUAUAUAUAUAUGCA